AUGAGAAGAGGCCAGCCAGGGCGGACGGUUCGGUCACCUCGGGCAGUGGCCUCUCUCCCCGCAGGGCGGCGCCGCCGGCGGGCAGGCGGGCUCCGCAACUCCCCGGCUCUCUCGCCCGCCCUCCCGUUCUUCUCAGGCGGCGGCGGCGGGGGCCGGGACGGCGCGGCUCACAGCGGCGGCUCCUCCGCGCCGGGCCUUAGUUGCAGCGUCUUGGGAGGCGGCGGCAGCGGCGGCGGCAGCGGCCCGACCCGUGCGGUCACCAUCGUCCGCGGCGGCAGGCGCUCGCGGGCCGAGCCCCUCAGCAGCCGACGGCGGCCAUGGCCUACUGCGCUCGCUCCUCCCGCCCCCGGCGCUCUGCGGCGGCCGAGGUCCGCUCUCGUUCUCUGCGCCUGCGCGCGCCGCGCCCCUCCCCCGCCCGCGCCCGCGCGCGCGCGCUCCCGAGCUCACUCACAAUCGCAGGGGCCCGGUGGUUCCCGCGCCGCCCCCAGUACGUUGGCGGGAGACCGCCUUCCAGGGGCCCACGCAGCAGGGUCCAAGCGGCUACGGAGGCGCCUACCGCCCCGACCACCACACGCACACUGUGACACGCGCCUUUCUGACACACGUGUGCUCUCACACGCCUCAAAUACCAGGAGCGGCGGGCGCUCACACCCACACUCACCUGCUGCGACCACGUGGGAGAAUUGGAGGGGCUGA